UGAUAAACAAGGAAACCUGGCAGCCUCAGGAAGUCGGGCUGGACUGAAAAAGUAACAGAACGAUGUGAAAUGUGUCUGAGUCACUGACCCUGCAUCUCCACCAGCUCUUUCAGGGAACUGUUCUUGGAGGAGGACGGAGCGCUCCACAGCUGGGAGCGGAGAGCUGCCCUUUCUGCUCACCACGAAUUUCAGAUCUCCUCCCCUAGCCUCUCCCAGUCCUUUGUACUUCGCUACUAAUCUGUCCAGUGCAGCAUAAACGGAGAGAGGCAGCAAUCCUGCUCUGGAAGCCGCCCAAAAGCCUCAAAAUCUGCCGAAGACAUGAACGUGAAGACCGUGCUCGUCCUCCUGGUGCUGGCCUUGGCCACUAUCUUCGCCCUGGUCUGCGUGCUGCUGACCAGGGAGCGGGCGCCCGGCGCCUGCCCACAGCAGCCCCCGGAGCAGCAGGAGGAGGAUGACGACGGUGCCGCGGAGCGGAGCCUGGUGUUCGCGGACCUGAGCGCGGAGGAGCUGGCGCAGGUGGUGCGGUACCUGCGGGCAGAGCUGGGGGUGCCGCUGGUGGAGGCGUCGCGCGCGCUGCCCUCCGACAACUGCAUCUGCUGGGUGGAGGUGCAGCCGCCCGGCAAGGCGGAGGCGCUGCGCUUCCUGGACGGCGCCGGGGCCUGGCCCGCGCGCGAGGCGCUGGCCGUGCUGCACCUGGGCGCCCAGGCGGAGCCCAACGUCACCGAGUACGUGGUGGGGCCGCUGCCGGCGCCCACCUACCACCGGGACGUCACGGUGCGCAAGUACGGCGCCGGGCUGCCCUACCACCGCCGGCCGGCGCUGGCGGCUGAGUACAAACAGGUCGCCGAGUUCUUGAGGAGCCAGGUGUUCCCCACGGCUCCGUCCUUCAUGCGGCAAGUCAUGGAAUAUAACGAGACGAAUCUAGCGUUUGUGACAACCGCCCCCCGGGGCUUCCAGUCCGGAGAUCGGACCACUUGGUUCGUUUUGUUUCAGAACGUGAGCGGGUUCUUCCUGCACCCCGUGGGGCUGGAGGUGCUGGUGGACCACAGCAGCCUGGACGUCUCCCGGUGGGCCGUGAGCAGCGUCUUCUACAACGGGCAGUACUACAGGGACAUGGCCCAGCUGGAGGGCGCCUACGUGCAGGGCCGCCUCGGCGUGGAGAAGGUGAAGAAAGUGCCCUGGGAUGGGGACUUCUCGUCCAUGAAGCCGCGAGCAGCUCCCGCCGCCCGGUUUCCCGUGCAGCACGAGCCGCAGGGGCCCCGCUACAGCGUCCGGAACAACCACGUUGCCUUCCAGGGCUGGAGCUUUGCCUUUGGCAUGAGUGCGAGCAGGGGCCCGCGCCUGUUCGACGUCAGGCAUCGGGGGGAGAGGAUCGCCUACGAGAUCAGCGUGCAGGAGGCCCUGUCCGUGUACGGCUCCAACUCUCCCGGGGGGAUGUCAACGCGCUACAUGGACGGCAGCUUUGGCAUUGGGCGCUUCAGCUCUCCCUUGGUGCGAGGGGUCGACUGUCCCUAUUCGGCAGCUUACGUGGAUAUGCCCUACCUUGCUGCGUCGCACGUCUCCAGAAUGGCUAAAAACACCCUCUGCAUCUUUGAGCACAACCUGGGCUCCCCGUUGAGGCGCCACUACUCCGACCUGCAGUCCUUCUACUACGGGGGACUGGUCAACUCCGCUCUGGUCGUUCGCUCCAUUACAGCCUUGGGCAACUACGACUACGUGUGGGACUUCAUCUUCUACCAGAACGGGGCCAUCGAAGCCAAAGUGCAGGCCACGGGGUACAUGAGCUCGUCCUUUCUUCACGGGGACGGGCUGAGAUACGGCAACAGGGUCGGGGAGCACACGCUGGGCACCGUCCACACCCAUUCCAUCAACUACAAGGUGGACCUGGAUGUGGGAGGGGUCAAAAACACCCUGGUGGCCCACGACGUGGCCUUUGAGAUGGCGCGGGCGCCCUGGAGCCCGGAGCAGCAUGUGGAGCGGCCGCGGCUCACCAAGCAAGUCCUGGACACGGAGGACCAGGCUGCGUUCCGGCACCAGUCGAAGAUGCCCAGAUGCAUCUACUUCGCAGCCAACGGCAAAAACAAGUGGGGCCACCAGCGUGGCUACAGGAUCCAGCUCGUCAGUUUUGCAGGGGAACACAUGCCUGAAACCAGCCCCAUGGAGAGGGCCAUCAGCUGGGCAAGGUACAAGCUGGCUGUCACCAAGCGAAAGGAAGAGGAACCCACCAGCAGCAGCAUCUACAACCAGAACGACCCCUGGACGCCCACGGUCGCCUUUGCCGACUUCAUCGACAACGAGACCAUCGCCAACGAGGAUCUGGUUGCCUGGAUAACCACGGGUUUCCUUCACAUCCCGCACGCCGAGGAUCUUCCCAACACGGUGACGGUGGGAAACUCGGUCGGCUUUCUCCUGAGACCUUACAACUACUACGACCUGGACCCUUCCAUCUACUCGCCGGACGGCGUGUUUUUCACCAGCGAGCAGGACUUCACCUCCUGCGACGUCAACUCGGUGGCCUGCCUGCCCAAGAGGGCUGCCUGCCCGCCCAACCUGCCCCCCUUCACCUACGAUGGUUUCCAAAACAUGAGCAGGUUUUAAGGUCGCAGGAUGCUCUUAGGAGACACAGUCAAAGGUGCUGCUUGACUGUU